GAAUUCGUCUGCAAGCUCUGCAAGUGCAUUUCGUGAUCGUGUCCCGCAUGGUUGUUCGACUUUACGGAAGGUCCUUUACUGCCAGUUUUCGUCUGAGCAAGAUCAGGAGAAGAGCGUGAAAUCGACGAGAGCCAGUGACAAUCGGAGACAAUAACGAAUUAUCGAGAAAUGACGGGAGCAAGUGGCGCGAGUUCCAUGACCGGUGGUGCACUACCAAAAUGGCAACUCGCUUUGGCCGUUGCUGCGCCGGUUGCUCUCGGUCUCGGUUACAUGUAUUAUAAGAACAGCGCAAAGCCGUCGCCAAAGCCUGGACGUGGAAAAUCGAAGAGCAGCGCGAGGGAGAAUGGCGCGCCGGCUGACAAGCAAAUUUCAAUCGACGCCGGCGAUAUACCGAAGUCGGCGUCCGAGCCAGAGACACCAUUGGAGAGAGCGCAGGUAUUCAAAAAUGUAGGAAACGAACUAUUCAAGAUAGGAAAAUACGAUGAAGCAAUAAGUAAAUACAAUGAUGCGAUUGAAGCCUGCCCUCAAGAUAAUACCGAAACCCUUGCUAUUUUUUAUCAAAAUAGGGCAGCCGCUUAUGAGCAAUUGAAGAAAUAUAGUGCUGUGAAAGCAGAUUGUACAAUAGCAUUAAAAUUGAAACCAAGGUACGUGAAAGCGUUACUACGUCGAGCGAGAGCGAUGGAGCAAUGUAACGAAUUGGAAACAGCUUUGGAGGAUGUCACUGCUGCCUGUAUCUUAGAAAACUUUCUUAAUCAACCUGCACUUAUAAUGGCGGAUAGGGUUCUGAAACGAUUAGGUAAACAACGUGCAGUAGAGUAUUUGGCGAAUAAGAAGUCGGUUAUGCCUAGUAAAUAUUUCAUCAAAACGUACAUUAUCACUUUUCAAAAAGAUCCUGUUUUCACAAUGCUUCAAGAUAACGAUUAUAGUAAUCUAUCACCAGGCUUCGUGAGAAUUUUAGAAUGUAUAAAGGAACAAAAAUAUGAUGAUGUGAUACCUCUCUGCACCAAAGAAAUCAAUAGUUCAGAACCCGAUACACUGCCAAACAAAACGAAAGUAUUACUCCUACGGGCUACGUUUUACCUGCUGUUAGGGGAGCAUAACGCCGCCCUUGAAGGCUGUGCAGCUAUCAUAGAUGAUGAGACAUUACCUACAGAUAUGAGAGUGAAUGCUUUAGUGAAAAGGGCCACUUUGUACAUGCAAUUAGAAAAUCCCGAAAAAAGUUUCGAUGAUUUUCAAAAGGCCACCGAGCUCGAUCCUAAGUGCAGCGACAUUUACCAUCACAGGGGACAGGUGAACUUACUUAUGGACAAGGUAGAAAAUGCUAGAGAAGAUUUUAGAAAGGCUGUUGAAUAUAAUCCUAACUUUGGAGUGGCAUUUGUACAAAAGUGUUACGCAGAUUAUCAUUACGGUACAAUAAAUGAUGACGAACAAAUAAAAAAGGAAGCUCUAAAGGGUUUCGAAACGGCUUUCGAAAAGUUCCCCGAUUGCCCUGAGUGUUACACUUUGUAUGCACAGAUAUUAACGGAAAUGCAAAAGUACCAGAAAGCCGAUUCCUAUUUCGCUAAAGCGCUCGAAAAAGAUCCGAAUAAUGCUACAGUCUACGUACACAGAGGUAUGUUACAUUUGCAAUGGAACGGCAAUGUCGAAAAAGCUGUCGAGUACAUUUCUAAGGCAUUGGAGAUGGACGACAAGUGCGAAUAUGGAUAUGAGACUCUAGGAACGAUUGAAGUUCAAAGAGGAAACAUAGCGGAGGCAGUAAAAUUAUUUGACCAAGCCUUAUCAUUGGGUCGCACGGCUAUGGAACUGACGCAUAUUUUCAGCUUGAGGGACGCCGCGAAAACGCAAUUAACAAUAAAAAAGAGACUAGGCUUGGACGUAAUGAUAAACCUUCAGACUGUUCAAUAAGUUUUCAUAUAAAACUGCGCCGGAAAGUUUCAAAUAAAAACGUAUGCAUGGUCAAUAGAACUAAAGAAUGAACUUUCGUAUUUACGGUAUGACUCAUGAACAUAGUUUUGUACAAGGUUUUCAUAGGGAAGAGAAAAGGAUAAAGAGGUGGAAAUGCUCAUUAAGUGCUUUCGCAAGCGUCAAGUGUAACUUGUUAAUUAAUUGAACCUUAAAGGGAGAUUCUGGUUCCUGAACCCGAAAAAUGCAUGAUUUUGUUAAGUACGCAAAAUGAUAUUAACGAAUUUCAUACUUUGAAAAUAUCUUGUAUAUUGGAAUCAUGAAGAUUAAUUUUUUGAUGUUAAAAUAUUGCCGUAAUCGGAAGAUACUUGUAACGUUCCAGCACUGCAGUUGAUAAACUGUGAACGCUGUAGCAAAUGUAAAUCUUGUCUAAAAAAAAAUUUACACAUACACAGUGGACACAGGAUACAGUUUAACAACAUUAUGCAUUAUUAUGCGGACGAACAAACCACAAUCUCCCCUUAAGAUCUUUAAAGAAAUCUCAAGUACUUAGUAAAUGAGGAAGAACUGAACUUUGUUAUUUUUUAGUUGUUUUAUUUUAGUAGGGUUUUUCGAUUGUUUCUACAAUCGAGAUUUUCAAGUGCUGCAUUUACGGUAUAUUUAAUUCGUUCUUGUUAGGUCUAAGAUUCUACAAAGACAGAACGCCUACUUUCGCUGUAAUUAUUGAUUAUUUAAAUUUUCGUAAUGAAAUCAA